CAGAUCUAAGAGUUUAUUAAAAUAAAGUGGGUGACGGAGUGACGCGAUUAUCAUCUAAACUGUCAUAAACAAAUUCUAAAAAAGUUAAAACCACAACAUAUCUCUUGAUGAAAAAUUUCAUUCAAUCAAUUUUAUGCAACGGCCAUUCUGAGAGUGUCAAUUCCUCCAUUCUCUUAUUCGUAAAUAAAUUAUUUGAUACCUAGCUUAAUUUUUCAAAGUGUAUCCCUUUUUACGAUGGGAAAACAGUUACAAAGUUCUAUGUGAAAUAUCCAAUAAAAUUGUUGGUGCUAAAUCUAAUAAAAGCGAACCAUGGAAAUUUAGAGAAAUUCGGUUUGUAAAUUCGGUAAUUGCGUUUUAUUCUUAUGCGAGUGAGAACAGCAUCCAUCCAUCGUGACUGGAAGCUGUGAAGUUUUGUGUGAGUGCAACGUCUAAUAGUGUGACAGUGGAAAGCCUGAAAGUCCAACAGUAGAUCUACACAAAUUAUAGCAUUUAAUUAUCUCUAACGUGAUUAAAUAUUGGAAAAUACUAAACAAUUGGGAGAUUUGCAUAGAACACAGUGUGGCGGCUAGAUUUGACAAACAGCUUUGAGAAGACGAUCGGACGACAGCAGUCAGUGCAGCAACAGACUUGAGUAUCAUCAUGGGUCAGUUGGUCGUUAAGUUAGUGGAACCGGUAAACAAUGUGGCCGAUAUAUUGGGAGGACGGCGCAAGCGAAAACGCAGCAUCGAUUCACUUCAAACGAAUGGUGAACAGAUCAACAAUGAAACACAAUCACCGAAAAAAAAGAAACUCUUGACCACCACUCAGUACAUAUAUCAGGCGCUGUUCAAGGAACAAAAGAAUUCCGAUAUAGCCAUUAUGGCUUUGGGAAAAGUUUGGAAUCUGCACAAGGUCUAUUUGUCACAAAGUCCAUAUUUCUACAGCAUGUUCAAUGGCUCAUGGAAGGAAUCGUGUCAGGAUUUUGUGCAUAUUAAAAUUUUGGACGAUAGAAUAACAUUGGAUGCUUUAGAUGCUGUCUUUGGCUCCAUGUACUCGGAUGAAAUCGAAAUUGAUGCCAAAGGUGUUAUAUCGGUUUUGGCCACCGCAACUCUCUUCCAUUUGGAUGGCAUCAUUGAAAAGUGUGCUGAGGUUAUGAUAGAAUCCAUAAAUGCCGAAACCGCCAUUAGUUAUUAUGAAUCUGCAUGCCAGUAUGGAUGCCAAAAUGUAAAGAAGUCUGCUUUUGUAUGGUUGGAAACCAAUUUGUUGUGCAUUUAUACCAAAUAUCCCAAUCUAUUGCGUGAAAUUAGCAUAGACCUUAUGACAGCCCUCAUUGCCAGUCCUGACCUGUAUGUUUUACAAACCGAAUUCUCCCUAUACACUUUGUUGCGCAAUUGGAUUUAUUUACGAUUGCAUCCCAAUUUUGAUCCUGAGAAUCCUCAGCAGCAACAAGAAUUCCAAAUGCAACUGCAACAACAGACAGCACAAUCCAAUAAUUCCACAUCACUAUCUCUGGCCACAUCAUCUUCCUCAUCGUCGUCUGGGGGCACGGAAGGUGCCGCUUUAAGCCCCAAUGAUAUUGUGCAGAAUUUUUUCACAAGUCGUCGCGAAAAGCGCUCAUUUCUCUCCACCCCCGAUGGUCAACAGUUUUUGAAACCCUUCCUGGCUCUGCGCACGCAAUAUUUAACCAAUCAUUAUAUGGACUUGAAAAUUGUACUUAACGAUAAUAUCAUACCCAAAGAAUGGCUGCACAAUCAUGUUCUAAGUAAUUGGAAUUCCAUACUUAAGGUGGAUCAUUUGCCAGAAGAGGGACCUACAAAUCUAGAUCCAGAAGAAUUCUACAAAAGUUGUAUGCGCUGUGGACGAGUACUGCUGGAGCCCGGCUAUCAAAAAUGGCGAUGGACUGGUUUUAAUUUUGGCCUAGAUCUCAUACUUAUAGCAGAUUCUCGUAUUCUAAGCAUACGAAGACAUCAUCGUAAUGAACACGAGCGUUUACUAAGUUUACAAACCAAAAGGCAAUUUAUGAUAAGAGCUUCGGUUACCUCCAUUAAUUCCCAGCGGCAGCCUAUAUUUACACAAAAAUCAGAUAUCACCUCAUUGUGUUUGGAGAAAAAUGAAGAAAUCACUCUUAUGGUCAUGGAUUCCAAAUUGGUGCAUCCAUUAUUGAUCUCAGUUAAUGUUUUGGUAGUGCCUCCAACGCCACAAACAUUUAAAGAGAACCUCUUGGUGUGUGAGGAAUUUACAAAUGCUUCAGUGCCCAUAUCGGAAAUAGGAGCAAAUUCCGAUAGAUCUACAACGCCCACAAGUAACAGUGUGCUGGAUGAGGGGGGUGCUGUGUGUCUAGUACCACCAUCGCCCCCAAAUGCUGCCAUGCCAUUGCCAACAUCAUCUACACAGCAUCAGAGGGGCGCGUCAGCAACAUCAACAAUCUCUAGUUCAUCUUCAAAUUCUUCCGCAUCUUCAUAUUCAUCUACAGAUUUUUUGUAGAAUUCAUAAAAUGGCCAAAAGCAAUAUUUUCUACAAACGGUGCAUUGUGAUAGAAACUUUUAACAAAAUUGUUUGGAGAAAGCAUAACGUAUACUUAAAUUACACUCAAAUAGGUCAUAAGUGCUGCGUUAGCGGCACGCUCGUUGUAUAUUCAAGGAUUGAUUCCAUACAUUUGGCUUGUAUAUAAACUAAACACCAAAUCACUACAUGUCAACUUUAGUUGUAACUGUUGUAAAUAUUAGAUUUAAUUGAUCAUUUGUCUUUAAGAGUGGAUAUAUUCGCAAAUGUUUAAAUUUGCUUUCGUUAAGCAUAUCUGGUUUGCGCCAAAAGAUGAAAUGAAUGUUCAUAUAUAUAAGAAAUUUUUAUAUAUGUAUAUAUAAUAUUCCAUUAUUAUUUUUAUUUAUUUUUAACUAAGAAAUUUCGUCGCCAUAAAUUUAUCUUAUAUACACACACCUUACUUAAUUUUAGUUUUAAAAAACUAAUCGCUUGGAAUGAAGUAUAUAUUGUUGUAAUAUCAAUUUUUUUUACUCACAUUAAAAGGUUAAUUUUUUCAAAUGUUAAAAGUUGUAUGCUUAUUUGAUAAGAGCAAACUCUAUAUGGUGUAUUUUUACAUGGCCAAUUACUGUCCUAAUUACCAAAACACUCACUUGUAGUAAAUUAUUGUUGUCGUUAGCGCAAGCGUUACCGUUGAAAUAUUUCGAAAAGGGGCACAAAAAGUGGCAUUCGUUGUGGCCUUCUAAAAAGGUGGCACACUCCACAUAGGCGUAAAGUUCGGUUAAGCCGAUUCGUAUAUGCCCUCCACUACUCCACUCCAAGUUCUCUGGAAGAUUUCUCUCAAUCUGGAGACCAUGCCAUGAUCAUUGAAGGCCAUACUAGUACA